AAAGAAGUAGUAUUUAUAUGGACAUAAUCCCAUAAAUAACCCGCCUUAUCCAAACAGAAGCGGUGGCUGAAUAAAUAUGACCGGAAAAUUGAUGCAGGCGGUUUCCUACGAUUCUUACGGCAAAGGGGCUGCCGGUUUAAAGCAUGUUGAGAUCCCUGUUCCUACUCCUGGCAAAGGUGAGAUGCUGAUUAAAGUGGAAGCAGUAAGCAUAAAUCCAGUCGAUUGGAAGAUGCAAAACGGAGUUGCUCGCCCUGUUUUCCCCCCAAAGUUUCCUUAUGUACCACUUACCGAUGUAGCCGGAGAGGUGGUUGAGGUUGGAUCUGGAGUAGAGAAAUUUAAAGUUGGUGACAAAAUUGUUACAUACCUUGGGCGUCCGGGUGGAGGACUAGCCGAGUAUGCGUUGGCUAAAGAGAGCCCAGCGGUUCAAAGACCACCCGAAGUCUCAGCUGCAGACGCGUCAUGUCUAGUUGUUGCAGGGUGCACCGCUCUCCAUGCCCUCACUGUAAGCGGUGGACUAAAGCUAGACAAAAGCGAACAACUCACAAAUGUCCUGGUGACUAACGGUUCAGGUGGGGUUGGUCACUAUGCGGUCCAACUUGCAAAACUUGGAAACACCCACGUAACCGCAACAUGUGGGGCGCGUAACAUAGAAUUCGUCAAAAGUUUAGGAGCUGAUGAGGUUCUUGACUACAAGACCCCAGAAGGAGCAAGCCUCAAAAGCCCAUCGGGCCUGAAGUACGAUCUAGUAAUCCAUUGCACCGUUGGGAUCCCGUGGUCAACGUUUAAGGCUAACCUGACACCAACCGGGAAAGUAAUCGACUUAACCCCGGGUGGAGGUACAAUUUGGAACUAUGCUGUGAAUAAACUCACGUUCUCGAAGAAGCAACUUUUGCCGUUGAUUGUGGUGCCGAAAGGUGAAGAGAUCGAAUGCCUUGUGAAUUUGAUGAAAGAAGGGAAAAUUAAAACCGUAAUCGACUCGAGAUACCCUUUAAGUAGAGCUGAAGAGGGUUGGGCCAAGAGCAUGGAGGGACAUGCUACUGGGAAGGUGGUUAUAGAGUGUGAGACAUAAAGAUGCAUCAUAUGUGUGUUUUGUCUCUUACACAAAAAAUGUUGAAAACACAAGUUUCCUAAUGUUAACGUUGUCUAGUGUCUUCGUGUGUGUGUGAUACAUGUACAAUAUAUGUGCCAAUGGGUUGUUAGAAGAUAUAAACAUAAUUUCUAUUAUAUUCGGAUGUUAUUAUGUAUGUUUAUUAUUUUAGGAUUA